AAAUGCCACGUGUCAGUCCGAAAACGAUUAGGGAAAAGUCCAGGAUUUGUGCACCACAAAAUACUCAAAAUCCCAGAAGGACCGAGAACCUCAACUUGUACAGCAUUCGCUUGCCAGAUGCACAGAGUUUGUUAAUCAAAACACUUUGUAUUGGUCUUUCCAGAAAACUUUUAAGGGGAGUCUGAAAUUCUCACUCGUCUUGUGCUUCAAAAGUGGUGGAGGAAAUGAGAACAGCCUCACUUACCGGUUGGAGCUUCUCCUGGACUCAUCAGCGGCAAGCAAUUCCUUCCCACAAUUUGGUUGUUCAGUCUUCAUUGGAGCAUGGAAAUUGCAGGACAAAAGUUGGCUCAAGUUCGACAGAGAGUGGCUUGGUUGAUGGAGAAGCUGAGAAUUUCUCCGGGAUUUUGAAGAGACGAUCAGUGUUGCUUUCUGCAGGAGCUUCUUUGUUUUCUUCUCAAGUGUUGGGUUUUCCGAGAGAGGUAUUGGCAGUGGUGAAACAAGGUCUUCUAGCCGGCCGGAUUCCCGGUCUGUCCGAACCGGAUGAACAAGGUUGGAGGACAUACCAAAGACCAGAUGAGAAGUCCGGAGGGCAUGGCGUUGGUUGGAGCCCUAUCAUCCCUUAUCGCUUUUCAGUUCCUCAAGAUUGGGAAGAGGUUCCAGUAUCAAUAGCGGAUCUAGGCGGUACAGAGAUCGAUUUGAGAUUUGGUAGCCCAAAGGAGGGACGCAUUUCUGUCAUUGUCGCUCCUGUUCUGAGAUUUGCAGAUAAUUUAGAUGGAGAUGCCACAAUUGAGAAAAUUGGACGUCCAGAGACGGUAAUAAAUGCAUUUGGACCCGAAGUUAUUGGCGAAAAUGUUGAAGGAAAGGUUAUGAGCAUAACUGUUGUACAAGACUCUGGAAGAACAUAUUACCAGUAUGAGUUGGAGCCACCUCAUGCUCUGAUAACAGCAACUGCAGCUGGGAACCGCCUGUACUUGUUUAGCGUAACUGGAAGUGGUCUUCAAUGGAAGAGGCAUUACAAGGACUUGAAGAAAAUAGCCGACUCCUUCCGUGUCGUCUAAGUGAUUUUUUGUAAUCUGAGGUAGCAUAAAGAUAAAAUCCUUCAUUUUGAUUUUCGUAAGGGGAAAAAGAAGGAAAGUCUGUGCAGUAUAGAUGAGUUCUUUGUUACGACAAUUGGCAAAAUUGUGUUGAAUGUGCAGAAUACAUUGUUGCUAAAAUCUCUUUGAAGAUCCA